AUGGACCUUGUUAACCUGGGUGACAUCCAAGCUGAGAUUUAUGAUUACAUCUACUCCUAUCUGGAAUGCCUGCAGAAUGCUGAGCAAGCUGCUCAAGACAUCAGCAUGAUGGUUGGGAAAGUUAAUGUCAAGUUGGCCAUCAAUAUUUUGGCCCAAGAGAUGGUAAAUGAGGAAGUGCCUCUGAAAAUCAGUGUCCAAGCCAGCAUGAUCCUUCUAGCUCUGGCCAACUCUCAUUUCAAUGACGUCAUGUACGAACUUCAAAGGAAUAUGAAGACUGGGAUGCUCCCGCACCACAUGGUAUUGACCACUCUGGGAAACCUGGCAUCUCACUAUGCACUUAAGUGUGUCCCAUUUUUGUCUUUAACUUUUGUGUAUAUAAGAAUGAUUCUAAGGAUGCCCAUGAUAAGCCAUAUGAAGGAAGCGGUGUGUUACGGUUAA